UUUUUUAAGAAAUAGCUAAGAGUGAAUUAUUCAUUCAAGAAUUUGGAGCAAACAGAUUCAAAGUCUUCAUCCAGUAUGGAAUAUUUUCAUUACUAUCGUAGUUGGAUGUACGAUAGAACGUAUCCAGGAAGACGUGGACUUAAACCGAACUUUGAGGAAGGAGUUAAAGGGUUUAUCACAUGGGCUUUCGCUCAAGAAUGUUGUCUAAGCGAAGGAGGAGUAAGAUGUCCUUGUCUAAAAUGUGAAUGUAGACCUAUAAUUAGUGACCCGGAGGAAGUAGAACGUCAUUUGAAGAGAAGGGGUUUCAUUAAAAAUUACUGGGUUUGGACAUAUAAUGGAGAACAGUUGCCGAGUAAUGUACAAAGGACUACGACUACACAUGCUUCUAGCAGUCGAUCACAUAUGGAACACCGGGAAGAAUUUAGUUUGAUCAGUGACAUGGUUGGCGAUGCUUUUGGGGUUAACGUGACCUAUGAUGAACCUCAAGACUUCGAUCAGGAAGAGUUGCCGAAUGAGGAAGCUCAAAAAUUUUAUCAAUUGUUGCAAGAAAUGAAUACGCCGUUGUUUGAAGGGUCGUCAGACUCAAAAUUAUCGAUGUGUGUGAGAUUAUUGGCCGCCAAGUCCAAUUGGAAUGUUCCUGACCAGUGUUUGGAAUUCUUUGCAAAAAUGAUGUUGGACGCAACUCCUACGAAAGACAACCUUCCCACAAGUUUUUAUGAUGCAAAGAGGUUGGUGUCGAAAUUGGGUUUAGAGGUAAGAAAGAUUGACUGUUGCACUAAUGGUUGCAUGUUGUUUUACGAUAAUGAGUUUGGUACUAAUGAUGGAUCGUUGGAGGAAUGUAAGUUUUGUAAGAGUCCGAGAUACAAAGUUCGCAGUAAAGCCAUUAACCGUAAGCAAAAACAUGUGGCAGUGAAGUCCAUGUUUUAUCUGCCGAUCAUACCAAGGUUAAAAAGAAUGUUUGCUUCAAUGCAUAGUGCAAGUCAAAUGACAUGGCAUCAUACAAACCAAACAAGUUCGGGCACAAUGCGACAUCCAUCUGAUGGUGCGGCAUGGAAGCACUUCGAUAUGAUACAUCCUGAUUUUGCAGCAGAACCUAGAAAUGUCAGACUUGGACUAUGCUCUGAUGGUUUUACUCCAUAUGUCCAAGCGUCUGGAAGUGGAUAUUCUUGUUGGCCAGUUAUUGUUACCCCUUACAACCUCCCUCCUGAGAUGUGCAUGACAAAACCAUACAUGUUUUUGACUUGCCUCAUUCCAGGUCCAAAGAGUCCAAAAGCUGGAAUAGAUGUGUAUUUACAACCUUUAAUUGAUGAUUUGAAGAGGUUAUGGAUUGGAGAAUGGACUUAUGAUAUAUCUUGCAAACAAAACUUUACUAUGCGAGCAGCCUUGAUGUGGACUAUAAACGACUUUCCCGCAUAUGGCAUGUUGUCCGGUUGGGGGACACAUGGAAAAAUGGGAUGCCCGCAUUGCAUGGAACACUCUCAUGCGUUCACGUUGGAAAAAGGGGGGAAAAGUUCGUGGUUUGACUGUCACCGCAGAUUCCUACCGAAAGAUCAUGUCUUUCGAAUAAAUAAGAAUGACUUCAAAAAAGGCAUAAGAGUAACAGACUUGCCUCCCCCUCGUUUCUCACCCGGUGAAGUAUGGAACCGAGUUAGUGAACUGCCAAAAUUCACAGAUUAUGGUAAAGCUUGCAGAAUUGAAGGAUAUGGGGAUACACAUAACUGGACAAAAAGAAGUAUUUUUUGGGAUCUCCCGUAUUGGAAAGAUAAUUUGUUGCGACAUAAUCUUGAUGUUAUGCAUAUUGAGAAGAAUUUUUUUGAUAACGUGUUUAACACAGUGAUGGAUGUUCAAGGUAAAACAAAGGAUAAUGAGAAGGCUAGAAAGGACAUGGAGAUUUUGUGUAAUCGAAAGGAGUUGGAGUUGAAGGUUAAACCGAAUGGGAAGUUACUAAAACCCAAGGCUAAUUACAGUCUAACUUCCGAAGAAGCUAAAGCGAUUUGUCGAUGGUUAAACGAAUUGAGAAUGCCUGAUGGUUAUGCGUCAAAUUUAGCAAGGUGUGCUGACUCUAGCACCGGAAAGUUGCAUGGAAUGAAAAGCCAUGAUUGCCAUGUUUUCAUGGAACGAUUGCUUCCAAUUGCGUUCUCUUCACUACCUAAACAUGUGCUUAAUCCACUCACUGAAAUUAGUCAAUUUUUUAGAGAUAUCUGUGCAUCAAAAUUAAGAGUGGAUGACAUCGUUAAGUUGGACAAAAAUAUUCCAGUUAUUCUCUGUAAGUUGGAACAAGUGUUUCCGCCUGGUUUUUUUGACUCUAUGGAACAUCUACCUGUGCAUCUUGCAUAUGAAGCUUAUCUUGGAGGCCCUGUUCAAUAUAGGUGGAUGUAUCCGUUUGAAAGAUUCAUGGGUGAUUCGAAGAGAUCCGUGAAAAAUAAAGCUAAAGUUGAAGGAUCUAUAUGUGCACAUUAUUUGCAUCGGGAAACAUCACAUUUUUGCAGUCAUUAUUUCAAUCACUUGAUGUUAACUCCAAGAAUCAUAAGGAAUGAAUUUAACAUUAAUGAAAAAAGUAAAUUUACCUUAUCAGUCUUCGGUAUUCCCGGUCGUCCAUCUGGUAAGAAGAAUGUACAUUGGCUGACUCAAAAAGAAUUGCUAGCAGCACAUGUUCAUGUCUUGAUUAACUGCGUUGAAGUUAAACCAUAUCUUGAGGCAUUCAAUACCUCCUACUUUCAAAGCACCGGUGAACAUCCGAAUACUAGUGACACACAUGCUUAUUUUCCAGCAUGGUUCAAAGAGCAGUUGUCAUGCGCUGUUGCACCUACUCAAGAAAUAAUCCAUUUGAGAAACUUGUCUAGAGGCCCUGUUCAAAGUGCAAAUGAAUGGCACACUUACUUUGUGAACGGAUAUAAAUUUCACACUAAAACAUGGACAGAAGGGAAAAAAACCAUAAACAGUGGUGUGUUCGUGAAAGGAGUUACAGAUGGUGGUGAAGACGACUUCUAUGGCACAAUAACACAUAUUUACGAGUUGGUAUACAAUUACUUGGACUGCGAAAAUAAAGUUGUCUUGUUCUAUUGUGAUUGGUAUGAUAUAUCUGCUAGAGGCACAAAAAUAGAUAAGAAAUAUAACACAGUUGAGAUUCGUAUGGAUCGAAGGUACAAAGAGUAUGACCCUUUUAUAAUGUCACAUAUUGUUAGGCAAGUUUAUUAUGUUCCUUAUCCUUCAACUCAGCCACGUAAACGAGGAUGGUGUGUUGUAAUCAAAACAAAACCAUUGGGUCAUAUCGAAGCCGAUGAUGUAGUAGUCGAAGAUGUCGCUUACCAAGAUGAUGAAACUUCUCAAGUUAAUGAUGUGAUUGAAGUUGAACAAAUUACAAGUUUGUGUGAUACAGUGGUUGAGGGCCAUCAAGUUGAUGCAUCCACAUUGUUGACAGAAAAUGAUGUGGAUGAAGAAUGUGAAGAGAUGUAUUACAUGUGUUUAUUGAUUGUAGAUAAAAUGCCGCCCCGAACCGAUAAGGGUAAGGGUCAGCAGCGCCCGAGGAUAAGGGUAUGUGAGGCUCCUCAGUCGGCCGUAUGUCCUCCCCCACAGAGUCAGGUAGAGCCCAUGUCUACGACCUCUCAACAUUUUAUGCCACUGCAGUCAUCUAUGGGGUAUCCUCCCCCACAGACUCAGGUAGAUCCCAUGACCAUGGGUUCACAGCCUUUUCUCUCGCUACUAUCAUCCCAUGGUUAUCCUAUGGCCCAACUUGGGAACCCAUCCUUUAUUAGCCCAUCUGGGAACCCAUCAUUUAUUAGCCCAUCUGGGAACCCAUCCUUUAUUAGCCCAUCUGGGACUUCAUCAUACCAUCAGACUGGGGGAUCUAGUUUUCCUCAUCCCUCACAGGUACCCCCACCCUUCAUGCAGUCUGGGAUCUUUCCAGAUCCCACACAGGUACCUCUGUCGUCCCAGCAUCCCACAAACACACCAUCAUCAUCCACGCUUUCGAGGUCCCACACCCCACCUACCACACACAUGCCCUCAUCAUCCACGCAUCAUGGGGGAUCUCGCACCCCACACCCACCACGUGCCACAGAUAUACCCGUGCCUGAGGAGCAGGAGGAGCAGGAUGACCAGGAGCAGCAGGAUGACCAUGUUUUAGAGCAACCAACUGCAAAUCCCACAGAGUAUGAGAUGAUUGAUGGCAGAUAUUUUAUUGAGCCAUGUGGAAAAUCUUUCUCUCCGAGUAGGCCAGCUGCACAGUGUGUAAAACAUGUGAUUCAACAAAUGUAUAAAAAAGCUUGGAAGUCAUUCAAAGAACUUUCCAAGGAUGAGAAAGAUGAAUGGUUUGAUAAAUUUAAGACUAAGGCACAAGGAAGACCCCCCCGACUUAAUGAGUUGUUUGUGAAGACCCGUACAAAAAAAUCGGGGGAUUUGGUUGAUGAUCGGUCGAGAAGAACUAUAGAGGAGUAUCAAAGAUUGCUCACACAAUUUCUAGUUGAAAAUCCUCAAUAUACACCUGUUGGUUCUAAUCCGCUUGAUCCACGCGUGGAUAUGUAUAUUUGGAGCUUAGUCACUGGAGGGAAGGGACGUAAUGGGUGUUUUUUUGGUGUUGGUCCUUUGGCUGGCAACUACAGAACCGGAGAUAGAACUUUAUUUGAUAGAGUUGCAAGUGGGGAAGGAACGUCCCGUCCAACACAAUUGACACCUGAAAUGAUGGAAACGGUAAGGCAACUGGCUCUAACAGAGGCUAGACGAGAGACGGCGGAGCGUGAGGCGGCGUUAAAGGCCGAAUUAGAGGAAAUGAAAAAAAGACAACACGAUAUGGAGGAGCAAAUGAGACAAUUUAUGCAGUCCAUGAGUAGAAAUCAAAAUCAAAGAACAAGUGAAGACGAUGAAGAUGACGACGAAUUUGAUGUGUAA